GCAGUCUUUACCUCAAGCGUCUGGGACUUGGGGUGGAAUCCGAUACGGGCUGGGCGACAAAGAGACAGCCUGCAUCACCUGAUCAGCUGAGCUCGCUUGUUGCGCAAGAGGACCCCUGUAGCUGCCUCAGCCCCGCGAUCCGCAUAAUUUUCGGCCAGGUUUCUCCUUGCUCAAGUGCAGCCCUUCACAUCACCACCAGCCCCAAGUCGCGGUCAAUCGCAGGCUUCACCACGCGCGCAUUCAUCAUCCUGCUCAUCUGUUUUAGCGUUUAUACGGUGGAUUUACUCUUCAUUGUCUCUGCGUACCAGCCCAGUCCGGUCUUCUUGGGUUAGCUACGCGCCUCGGAGCGAGCGGUAACUUUGAUUCUCCAGGACAUCAUCGAUCCCGACCUUUCUCGCUUCCUCGCUGGCGAACUCACGAGCGCGACCCCGAGGCCUCCGAGACCCGCAGCGAUAUAGCCACUUAGCUUCCACUAAUCGUCACCGCUCGCCGCAUCGCCUGGCCGCAGUCGCAGCGUCCUGCAGCUCCAAAAACGACAUCGCUCAGCCGCUCCAGCGUCACACAGCUACCCCACGCCCUGCCGCAACUCGACUUGUUGCCACCCCCCGGCUGCAUCCCUGGACGGAAUAGAAGAUUGGUGACGUACGAGGUGUCCUUUUCGGGUCACCUUACCAACGAGAGGCAAGGUGGAUUCCAGACAGAUCGCCGCGGCAUCCUCUGGAGCCUUGCAAAACAUCACGUCCUACCUCAACGGGACUCUCGUCAACCUCUCGUCCGCCUUCCAAGACUCCAGCGAGUACCUCUCCGAGACCCUUGGCGUACCGCCAGGGCUCCUCUAUAGCAGUCUCGCGGCGCUCGUCGCCGUUCCCAUCACCAUGUCAAGAUAUGGCUGGUCGCUCAAGCGCGAUUCUCCCUACGGCUCUCUCUCGAGCGGCAUCCCCGCAGUGACGGAUGACGACUUUUCCUACAUCACGUCGCAGGACCUGGAUGACGGCCCCUUGGGUGCAACGGAUGGCCGUUACCAUCCUAGGUCACAGUCCGCCGCCCCUCCGACACCAGAUGAUGACGUCCUCAUCAUCAAGAACAAGGGAGUCACGUAUCCGGCUCACUUCCCGGCAUAUUCCAUUGGCGACGGCAAGCUGCGCGUGAGGGAUGUGCGUGCGCGCGUCGGAUUGAUGAUGGACCUAUCGGAGCGCGCGACUCGGCGCGUGAAGCUCCUUUACAAGGGCCGUCAGCUCAAGGAGCCCGCAGCGCCGGUCCGCGACUACAACGUCAAGAACAAAAGCGAGCUUAUGGCCGUUCUCUCCGACGCCAGCAACGAGGACAGCGCGUCUGACGAGGAAAUGGUGAUUGUUGACGAUGCCGCACACGGGGAUAAGUCGAAGCGCCGCAAGAAGCGAAAGGGCAAGAAAAGGGCCAACAGAGACGACGGCGACUCUGCCAGCACCGGUUCCGCGAGAUCCCCGCCCCCGCCCGCGGCCGGUAGUGGGGCCUUGAGGCGCAUCGACGAGCUGUCCACCGAGCUCACGACCAAGUAUCUACCUCUGUGCGUGCAGUUCACUGCAGCACCGCCGUCCGACCCCAAGGUCAGGGAGGACGAACACAGGAAGCUUUCCGAGACGCUCUUUCAAAAUAUCCUUCUCAAGUUGGACGGGGUGGAGACGGAGGGCAUCGACGAGGUGCGGACUAAGCGGAAAGAAUUGGUGCAGCGAGUCCAGGAGGUGCUGAAGGGUUUGGACGCUGCUAAAGGUUGAUUGAGCAGUCGCGGGCUUGCAUCCUGUUUCAGAGACUUAGGGGAAGUUGGACACCAUGGCGAGACACGGGUCGUAUAUGGCCUUAGUUACUGGCGUUGUGGCAUGCAUUGCAGAGACACCUGAGACUGCUGCCAGAUACUGGCAGUCAUAGAACCUGUACAACAAUCUAGAGCAGCAGGUCAUUGAGGCCGCAUCGACGACCCUGAAUUGACAGGUAGACUCCAAAAGCGCACAACGACUGAG